AUGCGCGAGAUUGUUCACAUACAGGCAGGUCAAUGCGGGAAUCAAAUCGGUGCAAAAUUUUGGGAAGUAAUAUCUGAUGAGCAUGGUAUUGAUCCUACUGGAAUGUAUAAUGGUGAUUCUGAUUUACAAUUAGAAAGAAUUAAUGUCUAUUACAAUGAGGCCAGCGGUGGGAAACAUGUACCUAGGGCUGUUUUGGUUGAUUUAGAACCUGGAACGAUGGAUUCAGUAAGAGCAGGACCGAUUGGGCAACUAUUUCGUCCUGAUAAUUUUGUAUUUGGUCAAAGUGGUGCAGGAAAUAACUGGGCUAAAGGACAUUAUACAGAAGGGGCUGAAUUAGUUGAUAAUGUUUUGGAUGUAGUUAGAAAAGAAGCAGAAAGUUGUGAUUGUUUACAGGCAUAA